AUGACAUGUCAACUUCCUGCUGAUUGUUUGAAUGAAAUCUUUGAAUACUUAGCAGAAGACAAAAUUUCAUUACGCUCAUGCUUAUUGGUUAAUCGUUCUUGGUGCGAAGUUGCAGUUAGGAUUUUUUGGAGAAAUAUUUUUAGCAUCCAAUAUUAUUUACAUCAUCGAGAACAUAUACCAUUUGCAACCCUUGGAACCAUAAUUGCUUGUCUCCCCAGUGAAUCAAAAGACCUUUUAUAUAAUAUUAAUGGAAUUGUUGUUCCAACGCCUACCUUAAACCCACCAAUAUUUAAUUAUUUAUCAUUUGUCAAGGUUCUUUCAAUUUGUACGAUUGGUCAAAUUAUUGAAGAUGCUCUAAAGAAACAACAUAUUUCUUCUUCGCAAAGCCUAUACUUUAGUAAAUAUUUAAUGUUACAAGAAUUGUUUAAAGGCUUCAUGAGUCAAAUUUCAUCUUUAAAAUCUUUGGAUUAUGUUUCAAGGUUAGACACGCAAUACAUGCCCUUUUCGUAUUUCCCCGGAGCAAAAGAUUGUUUGAAAGAUCUAUCAGCAUUUAGUUGUGACUCAAAUAUUUACCCCGAAUUUUGUUUUCAAAUGUCUCAAAUAUGUUAUAAUAUACAAUCAUUGACAAUAGAAUUUAAAAACAGCGUAUCAGAUGGGUUGAAGGACUUAAUUACCUUCCAAGUCGAUUUGAAAUAUUUAAACUUAAAGGCUUUUGAAGACAAAGAUUGGAGGGAAAUCAUACCCGCUCUAACUAAACAUCAUAAUAAUUUAACAAAAUUACACAUUAAUACUGAUAUAGACAGUGUAUCAUUCUCAUUUAUCGCUUUAUUUGAGAAUUUACAAGAACUCUUUAUUUGCUCUGAUCGAUAUAUUUCCGAUUUUGAUAAAUUACAACAUGUUACCUUUCAAAAUUUACGAGUCUUGAAAAUUCCUAACAGACAACCAAAAAGUGAAUUCUUCACGAAAUUUUUGGAAAACAAUGGACAAAACCUUGUUGAAUUGGUUUUAUCUGAUGUUAACAAAUCAGUAAAAUUAUCAAUAUCUCGUUUUUGUCCAAAUCUUAAAAAUCUCUUCGUAUUAUUUGGAAAGGAUGAGACGAAUCUAUUAAAAGCCAUACUUGAUAGUUGUCAAGCUUUAGAAAGUAUCAAAAUGUGGUGUGGUCAUGACUUUUUAAAUGAGAAAGAGUUUCUCGAAGUUAUCGCAAGCUUUUCACCAAAAAAUUUUAAUGAAUUGAAGUUAUAUAAUGAUACAAGAGAAUUAUUUCGCGAGGACAUGGAAUCAUUUCUUUUAAGUUGGGGAAAUCGAAUUCCACAUAAACCGUUAAAAUUAUUUGUUACGACGUUGGAAUUGAAUGAAGAGAUCAUUACAACAAUUGAAAAAUAUAGAAAAUUAGGUGUCAUCAGGAAAUUUGGAUUUGAAAAUUUUGAUUAUUAA